AUGACUCUGCAGCCUCCACCUCUGACUCUACAGCCUCCCCCUCUGACUCCUGCCUCCCCCUCUGACUCUACAGCCUCCCCCUCUGACUCUGCAGCCUCCCCUAUGACUCUGCAGCCUCCACCUGUGACUCCAGCCUCUGCCCCUGACUCUACAGCCUCCCCCUCUGACUCUACAGCCUCCCCCUCUGACUCUGCAGCCUCCCCCUAUGACUCUGCAGCCUCCACCUCCUCCCCCUAUGACUCUACAGCCUCCCCCUCUGACUCUACAGCCUCCCCCUCUGACUCUACAGCCUCCCCCUCUGACUCUACAGCCUCCCCCUCUGACUCUGCAGCCUCCCCCUAUGACUCUGCAGCCUCCCCCUCUGACUCUGCAGCCUCCCCCUCUGACUCCAGCCUCCCCCUCUGA